UUCAAAUACUGCGUUUUGGUCACUCUAAAUAGCUUGUUUACAUUCAUCAUUUUAUCAAUUUGUCUUAAAAUUGUUAGUUACCUUUAUUUAUAAAAGGUUUCUUUGAAAUAUAACAACAAAUGGCUGCCUCACGAUCCCGGCGCAACAAUGCUGGAAACAAAAUAGCCCAUUUACUAAACGAAGAGGAGGAAGACGACUUUUACAAAACAUCCUAUGGCGGCUUUCAGGACGAAGAAGAGGACAAAGAAUAUGAGCAAAAGGACGAAGAGGAGGAUGUGGUUGACUCGGACUUUAGUAUUGACGAGCAAGAUGAGCUAAUUUCGGAUCAGGAGGAGGAGCCCGGCAAGAAGCGGAAACGUGGAGGCGUCAACACAAAGGCUUACAAGGAAACCAAACCGGUAGCAAAAAAGGAAACGAAGGUCGUACCAGCCUUGCAUAAAAAACGCGUCGGUGGAGGCGUUGUGAAGCGACGGGUACGUCCCCGCUUUACGGUCCUCGAUUCCGGUCGCAAAUCCAUAAGGACUUCAACGGCCAUUAAGACACAGGCAACAAAAAUUCGCCUUAAGGAACUGGACGAUGCCCGCAAGCGCAAGAAGAAGAAGGUUCGUGUGGAGGACUAUAUGCCCACGCAGGAGGAAUUGCUGGAGGAAGCCAAGAUAACCGAAGAGGAGAAUAUUAAAUCUCUGGAAAAAUUCCAGAAAAUGGAGCUAGAGAAGAAGAAAUCGCGUCCAACAAAACGCACCUUUACAGGACCCACAAUCCGGUACCAUUCAUUGACGAUGCCCGCAAUGCGAAAGCCGACUCGUGGCGGCAAUCUUUGUAACGAUUCAAAGGACUCUGCGGGAAAAUGCGAGCGCACAUUUGUGACAUUCGAGAACGAUUUCAACGACAAGGUUUUCCAGAACAUCUUCCGUCAUAAGCCGCCGCCCAAAGUUAGCAAUGGUAUCUGUCCGAUCACCAGACUGCCAGCCCGUUACUUUGAUCCGGUCACCCAGCAGCCGUACUACAGCAUUCAGGCUUUCAAGAUCCUGCGCGAGGCAUACUACAUGCAGCUGGAGCAGCAGGGCGGCAGCAGUGAUCAGCCGGAGCUGGCCAAGUGGCUCGAGUGGCGAAAGUUAGUCAAGGAGAAUCGCCUCAAGGCUUCAGCGGCUGCCACCAAAAACGGAGAAAACUAAAACUGAUACCAGCUUAUUAGGUUAUUAAGUGAAAAAUCGAAUGAAACCGCAUAUUAAAGUUUUAUGUUAUGCACAAUGA